AUGACGCUCAUCCGUUCUCCGCCGCCUUCAUCGAACUCUGCGAAUCCUCAGGAUCUCCACCGUGCCACAACCAUCACACAAUACAAAUCCAGACUUCUUCCGAUCGUUCCUCCACUCCAGCGCCCCAAUCCCGUUGUUGUGCCGAAGAAGAGCGUGGCAAAGAUCAGCAAGCCGGUCAAGUAUCCGACCGGAAAUCGCACUGGGAAAGAUCGGAAGAUGAUCGACGAGUUCCGCUUGAUGGGAUCGCUCAAGUUGGGCGAGGAUAAGUACCACUGGCGAAAGGAAAGAUACAAACAUCUAAAGGUGAGCGGUCCGCUUCAGUCAACGAACUUUGCCUUUCUCUCUCCCUCUCUCUCUUUCAGGAAAUGAUCAACAUGAUGGUCGACUACAUGGAACUGAAUUACAGCGAGGAAGACGGACUUCCAGAGUUCCCCGAAGAGUUCCACGAGCAAAUUCGGGCAUUUUGUGCUGAGACACUUGUCAACUACUCGAUUUCCUGUGGAAGAAUUCACGAGGCCAUUGUGAGUUUUCAGUGAGUUCCCUUUGAGUUCGUCUCAUUUCAGCACGAGUGCGUCAAGAGAAUCAAAGGGUGUGAGAAGGUCGAAUUCGAUCACUUCAGUAUGGUAUCCCGCGCAGAAUGCGACAAAAUCUGGAAGACGAUUGAAGAAGAGAAGAGAGCGCGCGCGGAGAGUCAGGAGUUUUCCGAGCAGUGACCGAGCACCUUCUCUUCUGUGCUCAGCCGAUCUGUAUUGUCCAUCUAUUCCUUUUCGCAAUAUUACUUCUUCUUCUUCUUCUUCUUCUUCUUCUUGUUUAUUUGCUUUUGUUGUACCCCCUUUACACGUUCUCUCUCUCUCUCUCUCUUUCUUUCCCUUCUCCUGCUCUCUGCGUCUCUCCGUUUUGCUCAAUCCCUCCUUCUUUUUGAAUGUCCGUCAUCACUCGUCCCUGUUCAACAGCUUGUAUUCCCGAUGAUUCCUUCUAAAAUUUUGCCGGCUAAACAACCGAAUAAACACAAAUAUAGAAGAAAUGGGCCGCUGCCGGGAAAGAACAGAAUCUUCAUUUCCGUUUUCUCAUCGGACGGCGUCUCCGCCGACUGCCCUCAGGUUCGGCUUUUUUCAAGUUUCCUUCGCCACGCUUCUCUUCCUGUUCAGAUCACGAUGCCAUUCGGAGCAUCCUCUUCGUCGUCUUCCUCCUCGAAAUACUCUCCACCCCCUCCACCUCCAGCGAAUCCUUCCACAGGCCAACCUGCCAAAUUCAGCUACUUCAUGAAGCUGCCGGACGGAACCGAACUGCCCAAUCCGGAUGCGUACGACCAAAUGGGCUUCGGAUGGGUCCGUGCCUUGCAUCCGACGCGUGUAACCUGGCGCAAGUACGUGAAUACUCCGUUGGACACACCGCAAAUCAAGGGAGAUGGAAUGGACAUCGUCGAUCAGAAGUGGCCGAACUGGCGCACCGAGAAGCAACGCGAGCGGUCCCGUUCCCGAUCUCGCAGCCCGCCGGUCAGGGUCUAA